AUGAAAAACCCCACACCUACCGAUGUCUUGUGUGACCUCCGUUCCUAUCUCAAGAACUCCUGGAAAGCAAUUUCCGAUCCAAAGUUUAGCCUCAUCAAGCUCACCAACAAGAGAUUCAUUGUCCGCUUCGGUCCCGAUGGCAUUGCCUGCCGUAAUGUUCUUGAGCAUCUGGGCUUUCAGCUCGAGCCUGGAAACGCUUGGAAGGUACCCGAGCCCAUUUUUGAAGAGGCCCAGCCAUUUCAAAGCGCGGUGAAUGCCUUCCUCGACAAUGCGGAGCACGAAAUUGUCGCUCUUAUCCUAGCCCGCCCAUUCACCGAGCGAGAGCAAAUCCAAGAUCUUGCGCAACCCCAAAGUGCUGAUAAAGAGUUCUCUCGCGUUUUAGGAAGUCAAGACUAUGACAAACACCCCUCCAGUAGAACAGAGAAAUUAGCCCCAGAGAUGAGGACUGGUUCUUUCAUAGCGCUAGGCUGCCCAUCCGAUUCUUCAGAUGAUCUUGUCAUCAGAGCCUACCACUGGCAGGUGCAAACAGAUCCUCAGAACACACCCACAUACUUGAGCAAUCUUCGUUACAUUGCUAAUCAACGACAGAGUGAUGUUCUCGAGACUGAAGUCGUCAUGGAAACUUCAAAGGGUCGCUUUGAGGUAGAAAUGUUGAACAAGGCUUACAAGGCCUUCCAACUCACUGGACGUGAAGCCGCUGUCAAUGAUGAUGAUAUUAUCGGCUCUUUUAUUGCUACGCUAGCAGAUGCGCCUGCGCACGAGCUUGAACUUAGGGAUUACCUGCGCAUCAUUGGUGUUCAUCGCAACAGCAAAAAACUCUUAGAUAUGGCAGAAAAUGGUAGGGCAGUCAAGAUCCACUUGUACACUUCACUGACGCACUCCGAUCUAGUCCUUGAAACAUAUGAGCAGGCCCUUCUCUUUUUAGACGCUAGUCCAACCAAUGAAGAUGAGCACAUUCAAGCUUUGUUUGCUGUCAAGACCAACGACAACAAAAGCGCGGAAGACCAGGCAAUCAAAGCUGUUUCGAUAAUUGCAAAACACCGUAGAAGUCAAUUUCUGACAUCUUGGAUCGAAUCUGGAUUUUCCCCCGACGCCCCAAUGGAGCCAGCAGAGGGUUACCAGGCACUUCAGAUCCAAAAUCGUGAGAUUGACGAUGAUAUCAUCAUUCUCCAAUACAACAUGGCUGUAGAAGAAAACCCAAACAGUGUCGAAUUCUAUACCAAGGCCCUUACCGCCAUUGCAAAUGGAAGAAAUAGUUCGGUUUUGUUUGAUCACCUGCAUGCGAGAGCACCUCAAGCACCUCAAGGUACCUCUGAAGAGCCAGUCGGCCUUGAAAACAUCGGCAAUACUUGUUACCUAAACAGCCUCCUACAAGUGCUCUUCACCACGACCGAAUUACGAAAAGUUGUUCUGAAUUUUGACGAUUACAGGAUGGCUCUGGAUGGAAGCAGCAUCGAGCGGAAACGAGUUGGACAGCGACAGAUUAGCCUGCAGGAGGUCCAGACUGCCCAAAAGUUCGUGACAAGCCUGGCUUCCUUGUUUCAAGGAAUGAUCCAAAGCCCGCAUUCUUCAAUCAGACCAGAGCAAGAACUUGCACGUCUUACCUUGGAAAGCCACAAUCUAAAGGAAAGAAUGCGACGCAGAUCAACACUCAAGUCCACCGAUCGCCCAAGUCUAGGUCAGACCGAUGGCAUGGCUUUCCUCGGUCCUCUCACCCUAGAUGAAUAUGCAAGAAACAACAGCAGCGAUGAUAUCGUACAGUCGCCGACUGAGAACGAUGGAAUUGAUCUGCUUGAUUUCGAUGCAUCGAAACCGGACGAUUUGGAUGGCCAAGAUUCUAAAAUGACUGAUAAUUCCAGCGAGGAAACACUUUUCUCCAAACCCGACUCCGAGCAAUGUCUCCUUGAUAGCAACGCAGCCGACCAACGAGCGAUGCUUGAUAACAAGGAGAACUUGUCCCCUGGCAAAGCUGUUGCCCCUCCCAAAAGUGGCCACUCCCAGGAUCAGAAUACCGCGCCCCUUGCACCCUCAUCCCCAUCAAAAUUGAAUUAUCAGGCUGGACUGCUAUCUUUUGGAACAGUAUCUGAGGAGACAGAGACAAAGCAAGAGCCAGUAAAAUAUCUUCCUCCCCCAGGAAAACCGCCUCCAGUUCCACCACGAAAGCCUGUCGAAAAUCCAACGACAACGCUAGAAGAAUAUGCCAGGCAACAAGAUGUGACCGAGGUCAUUUCACAUGUUCUCACUUCGUUGUCUUCGGCGAUUCGACCUACUGGCUUUGACAAAACUGGCGAGCAGCUUGAUGAAGUGCACGACACCUUCUACGGGCAGCUCAACCGACAUACUGAAGACGACAAUGACCAGUCCAAGUCGGAGCAGUAUCGAGACAUUAUCACUCGAGUGAGUAAUCAACCAACAGAUGUCUACGCGGCAAUCGACAAUGAGUACGACUUGCAAGUUGGCGGAGCAGAGAAGAAGGGCUACACUUCUCUUGAAACACUACCACCUGUUCUUUGUAUUCAGCUCGAUCGAGUGAUUUGGAAUAAGGAGUUCAAUCGUCAAGAGAAAGUCAACCACCAUGUGGACAUCCCAGAAACAAUCUAUAUGGACCGGUAUCUCGAAAGUUCACCUGAUUCCGAGCUUAUGCAGCGCCGCCGACAGACAUGGGAUCUGAAAGCAGAGCUAUCAAUCCUGUCCGCGCGGAGGGCUGUCCUCGAAAAGAAACAUGGACAAUCCAGGGACAUUCCAACCCUUUUGGAAGAUGCGAAACUUGCUCUGGAGUAUCUUGCAGAAUUACCAGGCGAGACCAUUGGUGGUGAACUUGAUGUCAAGUCCAGUACUAUUGCGACUCUCGGAUCCUUGGCCGAGAAUGCCAGGGUUGAACUAGAUGACCUCAAGGCUCGAUCAGAGGCUGUCACACAACAAAUCAAAGAAGCCUUUGUAGACAUGCGCAAACAUCCAUACCGGUUGCACGCGGCCUUCUUCCACCGCGGAAGUGCCGGUGGCGGCCAUUAUUGGGUAUAUAUCUACGACCACAAGAAGGAAAUCUGGCGUAAGUACAAUGAUGAUCGUGUCACAGUGGUCCAAAAUAGGAACGAGAUAUUCGGAAAGCCAGUCCAAGAUAAUUGGGGACCGCCUCCUAACCCUUACCUUCUUGUUUAUGUACGGUCCGAAAAGGUGAACGAAGUCGUGGAGACCGUCAAGCGGGACAUUGUCUACCAACCUCCUGAUGUGCCACCCCCGGUCCCAGCUCGCAACCAAAUGAGCGCAAUUCCACCUGUUCAAGGAGAUUAUGGAGAAGUGGAGAUGAGGGAGUAUGUCAACGGCGGUGAGCAGAACCCCUUUUUGGAGCAUCUCAGCCUCGGAGAACCACAACAACCGAUUGUGCAGAAGGAGGGCGAAUGGGAUGACAGCCAGCUGAUGGCGGAUAGGCCAGUCAAAUGGUGA